AUGAGACGACUCCUUUUGUGGAGAGAGUUUGUCUACUUCUUUGGGCGGUACAAGGUUAUAAUCGUCGCAGCCACCGAAAAGGUUAUACAAAUCCAACCUUAUCAUUCACCUCAGUAUAUCGGUCUGGGUGGAGCAAACUUCGAAACCACCGAGCACUUUAGUCUAGCGAACCACGUUACGAGCCUAUUCGAGCGACCCGAAAUCUUCGAGUACGAGGACGUCUACCACGAUAUAUGCGUUAGCUUUGCCAUGAUCAUGUGCUGCAUCCUACCACGUUGGCCCGCGUUGAAUACCACUCCGUUCAUCAUGCGGUUCAUACGCGCUCACCGCUCGAAUGUUCGUCUCAUCCCGGCGUUUGGACUCGUCCUUGGACUUUUUGCCUUUUCGCGGUAUGACUAUCCAAUGGAUAACCGCUACGGCUCAAGUUUACUUGCUCAAAGCCAAGAUCGUGUUGCCGUUAGGAUGGAAAGGGCGUUGAACGUUCUGGUACUAUUUAUCGGAUGA